AUGAUCCGUGGGGAACAUCGCGACAUCCAAGAAGAAAUCGCUAACCGUAUCCUGUCCGACAUUUCUGAAGAAGGAUCCGUUUCCGGCAGUUUAGGCAGCGUAGAUGAUCUCGAGGCAUUGUUUGCAGCCUCUAAAAAGGUGGGUGCUUUGCAGAGUUCCUUGAAUGCGAAGGAAAGAAAUGAAGUGCUCGACGAUGUCGCACACUUUCCGUAG